AUGAGCAACGGCCAAGGAGUUGACAAGCUCCUCGAGGCCGGCUUCAUCCAGGAGAUAUCUUAUCCGAAAUGGCUCGCCAGUGUGGUCCUUGUCAGAAAGGCUAGCGGGAAAUGGCGCAUGUGUGUGGACUACACCGACCUAAACAAGAGAAAAUUUCUGAUCGUCUCUAUUGAUUACUUCACGAAGUGGGUCGAGGCCGAGCCAGUGGCCCAGAUCACCGAGCAGAAGAUGCGGGACUUCGUUUGGAAGUUCAUAAUCUGUAGAUUCGGGCUCCUCCACAUCCUCAUAUCAGAUAACGGCCAUCAGUUCGACAACGCUUGUUUUAGAGAAUUUUGCUUGGAGCUCGGCAUCGACCACUGUUUCACCUCGGUCGCACAUCCUCAGGCAAAUGAAAAAACCGAGGUAACAAAUCGUACUAUUUUACAGGGACUCAAAAUCAGGCUCGAUCAGUCCAAAGGGCAGUGGGUCGAAGACCUAUACAACGUCUUGUGGGCUUAUCGGACCACAUUCCGCGUACCCACCGGUGAGACUCCCUUCAACUUAACGUACGGAAUGGAGGCCGUCAUCCCGUUGGAGAUCGAACUUCCUUCUCCAAGGGUAGAAUGUUAUGAUGCCGACUCCAGUGCUACGCAGCUCAGGAGCAACCUGGACCUCAUCGAGCAGACGAGGGAAGCUGCCUAG